ACUUCUCAUUUACACAUUGCCAUAUCCAACCAAAUUAUAAGAGCCUCUCUCACUCUCUACAACAUCUCUCCAAAUCUUUCCAAUUUCUCAGAUGGCGAAAUCACCAGAGCAAGAGCAUCCCGUGAAGGCGUUCGGUUGGGCUGCCCGAGAUUCAUGUGGCCAUCUCUCACCUUUUAAGUUCUCCCGAAGGGCAACGGGAGAUAAGGAUGUUACCUUCAAGGUGUUGUAUUGCGGGAUAUGCCACUCCGACCUCCAUUGCAUAAAAAAUGAGUGGAGAGAUUCUGUGUACCCUAUGGUCCCCGGGCAUGAGAUUGUGGGAGUGGUAACAGAAGUAGGCCCCGAGGUGACAAAGUUUAAGGUUGGGGACAAGGUUGGCGUUGGCUGCUUAGUGGGAUCAUGCCACUCUUGUGAGAGUUGUGUUAACGAUCUCGAGAACUACUGCCCCGAAUGGAUUCUCACUUACAAUAGCAAGUACACUGACGGGACCAUCACCUAUGGUGGCUACUCUGAUAUCAUGGUCGCUGAUGAGCACUUUGUGGUAGCGAUUCCUGAUAAUUUGCCGCUUGAUGGGGCAGCUCCGCUCCUUUGUGCCGGAAUCACUGUCUACAGUCCAUUGAGGCACUACGGGCUUGACAAGCCUGGGCUCCAUGUCGGCGUGGUCGGGCUUGGGGGAUUGGGUCACAUGGCAGUCAAGUUUGCCAAGGCCAUGGGAAUCAAGGUGACCGUUAUAAGCACCUCUCCCGGUAAAAGGGAGGAGGCCGUGGGCCGCCUGGGGGCCGAUUCAUUUUUAGUUAGCCGUGAUCAAGAACAGAUGGAGGCUGCUAAGGGAACAAUGGACGGUAUCAUAGAUACAGUCUCCACAGUUCAUUCUCUUCUACCUUUGAUUGCUUUGUUGAAGAGCCAAGGCAAGCUUGUCCUGGUCGGUGCACCUGAGAAGCCGCUCGAGUUACCAGCUUUCCCAUUACUCACAGGACGGAAGGUUGUGGGUGGGAGUGCGAUCGGAGGGCUAAAAGAGACUCAAGAGAUGAUAAAUUUCGCAUCACAGCAUGGCAUCACUUCAGAUAUCGAGGUUAUUUCAAUGGAUUAUGUGAACACCGCAAUGGAGCGUCUUGCAAAGGCAGAUGUUAGAUAUCGUUUCGUUAUAGACAUCGGGAAUUCAUUAAAGUCUACAGCCUAAGACCGUAAUCCAUUGAAAAAGAGGCAGAUUAGUUAUUUCAGUUUAUUGUGUCAGUUGUUGCAUGUAUGCUUGAGCUAUUUAAUUGUUAUGUUUGAACUGGGAUGUUUAUCAACAAUAAUUCGGUCGCUUUGAGAAUGGCGGUUGCGGUGUCAAGGACUUUCACUGGACUGGAAAUUCUAUGUUUAAUUUUUACUA